AUGAGGCAUAUGAAGUUCCAAAUUGAAGGCCGAUAUCAACCUAAUCAAAUCAGAUCAGAUAAUCAUCUUGACAAGAGAAUAGAAAUAGAUAAUAGCAAUAGAGAAUUAGGACAGUUGCCCAUGCAAUCAGAUUCCAACCCAAGAAAUAUGAGAGGACCAUUAAAUCAAUGCCAAGUCCAUCAAUUGGAACUUAACGACCAAAAUCGUGAAACAAUCAAUGGGAUCUCCAAAUUGAGAAAUGGUAAGGUACUUUCGGAUCCAUAUCACGCAGCUGUAGGUGAAGCAUAGGAUGAGGAGGAAGAAAUAGAAGCAUCAAAGGAAAUGAUUUCAACAAAAAAUAAGGGUAAGAAUAAGGAAGGUAUGGAACCCAACCCUUCCACAUAUACACCUCCGAUUCCAUUUCCAUAAGCCUUAUGUGAUGUCAAAUUAA